AUGCCAAAGUCACCCCCAACCCCCUUAGAACAAACCCUCACCACCCACCUAACCACCCGCCUCGCCAACUCCACCCUCCGCACCCUCACCCUCCCCCCCACCGCCCACACCGACUUCUCCUCCAACGACUUCCUCUCCCUCUCCACCUCUCUACACCUCCGCACCCUCUUCCUGACCCACCUCUCCCCGCACCCCUUGGGCAGCGGAGGUUCGCGCCUCCUCGACGGCAACUCCAUCCUCGCCAUAAGCCUCGAAACCAGCAUCGCGGCCUUCCACGGCGCAGCCGCCGGAUUACUUUUCAACAGCGGAUUCGACGCCAACGCGGGGUUCUUUGCGUCGGUGCCGCAGAGAGGUGAUACGGUCGUGUAUGACGACAAGGUGCAUGCGAGUGUGCAUGAUGGGAUGAGACUUUCGCGGGCUGCCCGUAGACUGCCUUUUCAACACAACUCGGUGGAGGCGCUGAGGAAAGUGCUAGAGGCGGAGCGAGAGAAGGGGGGGAAACAGAAUGUUUUUAUAGCGGUGGAGUCGGUGUAUAGUAUGGAUGGCGAUGUUGCGCCGCUACGCGAGAUUGUGGAGGUCGCGGAGGAGGUGCUGGGGAGGGAGAGGGCGUACGUGGUUGUUGAUGAGGCGCAUGCGACGGGAGUGCUGGGGCCGAGGGGACGCGGGUUGGUGUGUGAGUUGGGACUAGAGGAGAGGGUGUUUGCGCGGCUGCAUACGUUUGGCAAGGCGUUGGCGGGGAAUGGAGCUAUUCUUCUAGGAUCCCAUACUUUACGGAGUUAUCUGAUUAAUUAUGCGCGGCCUCUUAUUUACACGACGUUCCUUUCGUAUCCGUCGCUGGCGCUUAUACAGGCGUCGUACGAAAUGCUGCAGUCGGGGCAGAGCGAGGCGCUGCAGGCGAAGCUUCAUGACCUCAUUCGGACGCUGUAUGCGAAGCUUGAGGGACUUCUGAAAACCUCGAGCCAUGCGCGCUGCUUACUGAAGAUUCCGUCGGUGUGUCCUAGAUCGCCUAUCUUUGCAGUGCAGUUGGUGAACCCAAAGGCACUUGCGAGCUCACUGCAAGGGCAAGGCAUGAUGGUGCGAGCAGUCGUGUCACCGACCGUACCCGCCGGUACAGAAAGAGUCCGAAUAUGCCUGCAUGCCGGGAAUACCAUGGAAGAGAUCGAAAAACUGGUGCUGGCGCUCAAGAGGUGGUGUGAAAGUCAAGCAGAAGAGAAUACGGAACACCAACCCCUUGAUACAUCAAAGAGAGCAAGACUCUAA